AACGUUUUAUCGUUUUGAUCCAAUAUUUUAAAAUCUUCGAUUUCAAUGCUAGUUACGUUUCCCUUGCUUUGGCAGAGUGGUACAGUCGGUGCUGCAGCUGAGCAGGAAGAUGGUGAAUUCAAAGGUUCGGGUGCAUUAAGAAAUGUUCAGCUUCUCGUUUCCUGUUUAACUUGUUUAUACGACGCUGUGAGAUUCAGCCGGUGGUGUUCUGUUGCGUGGCUGGGUUUGAAAAAUCCCCUUAAUAGCCGACUCUUCUCUCAUCUCCCAUCCCAGCUUCAUUCAAUGCCUAACACUGCAGGAAGUCCAGCCGCAGAUCUUUCAGGCAGCGGUGGCCAGGCUGCUGUGGAGACGCCCCGGAGCAGAGAUGGGGGGGAACACGGCUUGCUCGGUUCUUUGAGCCGAGGUGCUUCGGCUGCACCUGGAGGAUCAAGCAACGAAGGACAGCGUCCGCUGACCUGCCCAGUGACACACUCCCAGGAACAGUUUUACACUGUGUGUUCAGACUACGCCUUGGUGAACCAGGCUGCGUGUCUCUAUCACUCCUCUGAACACUCAGCCCCUGCAGCCUCACUCGUACAGUCACUCGCUGAGGGCCAGGAUCACAGCAGCUCCAGUAUGACUUGUGAGGGGGACUCUGCUAUGGAAGCCGUGUCUGCCAGUCACACAAAGCCUGUGCUAGCGUGGGAGAUCGACACCACAGACUUUGAUGCUGUUUUAAUAAGAAUGAAAAGCUGGACAGGCAACCUGAAGAAGACCGGCUCCAGGAAGAUAAAGGCCUCUGAUAAGCACAGUCGAAACUUACAAGAGUUUCCCCAGCAGGCAACACUGGAAGAAGUGAAACAGAGAAAAGUACUGGAUCAAAGAAGAUGGUAUUGCAUCAGUCGUCCCCAGUACAAGACUUCCUGUGGAAUUUCCUCUUUGGUGUCGUGCUGGAAUUUCUUGUACAGCACACUUGGGGCAGGGAGUCUCCCGCCAAUCACCCAAGAGGAGGCGUUGCUUAUUUUGGGCUUCCAGCCACCCUUUGAAGAAAUCAAGUUUGGUCCCUUCACUGGAAAUGCAACACUAAUGCGGUGGUUCAGACAAAUCAAUGAUAACUUUCGUGUUCGAGGAUGUUCAUAUAUUUUAUACAAACCGCAUGGGAAAAACAGAACCGCUGGGGAAACGGCUGAAGGAGCUUUACUGAAAUUAACCCGAGGACUACAAGACGAUUCGAUGGCUUAUAUCUACCACUGUCAGAAUCACUACUUCUGUCCAGUGGGAUUUGAAGCAACCCCGUUGAAAGCUGCUAAAGCAUACAGGGGUCCCCUCCCACAUAAGGACGUGGAGCACUGGAUACUUAUUGGAGAGCCAAGCAGGAAACAUCCAGCCAUACACUGCAAAAAGUGGGCAGACAUAGUGACAGAUCUCAGUACACAGAAUCCAGAAUAUCUUGACAUUCGUCACACAGAGAGGGGUUUACAAUACCGAAAAACAAAGAAGGUGGGAGGUAACCUGCACUGUCUCCUAGCAUUCCAAAGAGUAAACUGGCAAAGACUGGGCCCCUGGGCAUUAAACUGUGAAAACCUUGGGCAUGAAGUUCAUCAGCAGGUCUCUGCUCGCAGCGGGGCAGGCGUCUCGGACAGCAGGGAAGACGACAGUUCCGUCAAACACCACGGAUGCUUGGGAAGGACACUUAGUGGAGGCUUUCAAAAGGAAUGGAAGAGAUUCUCCAACACCUCCGAAUGCAGGAGCGCUGGAGCCCCGGAGAGUGAAAGGGACGGAGAGCCUGCUGAUUAAAACAGGACUGUAUGCAAAGAACAAGCUGUGCGCCCUGCACUGGAACACAGACCCAGGUACAAAUAUAAACUGCAGAACUGAAAUGUACUGUGAGAACACCUCCUCCCAGGGUGGGAGUUUCUGUUUUCCUCUCACUUCAUGGGAGGGUGAAAAAAAAAAAAAUGGGGUGGAAUGACAGUUUUUGCUAAUGUAACAGUGUGGAGAACACCAUUGCUGUGCGGGUGGGGUGGGGUGACAGUUUUUGCUAAUGUAACAGUGUGGAGAACACCAUUGCUGUGCGGGUGGGGUGGAGUGACAGUUUUUGCUAAUGUAACAGUGUGGAGAACACCAUUGCUGUGCGGGUGGGGUGGAAUGACAGUUUUUGCUAAUGUAACAGUGUGGAGAACACCAUUGCUGUGCGGGUGGGGUGGGGUGGGGUGACAGUUUUUGCUAAUGUAACAGUGUGGAGAACACCAUUGCUGUGCGGGUGGGGUGGGGUGGGGUGGAAUGACAGUUCUUGCUAAUGUAACAGUGUGGAGAACACCAUUGCUGUGCGGGUGGGGUGGAAUGACAGUUUUUGCUAAUGUAACAGUGUGAAGAACACCAUUGCGGUGCGGGUGGUGUGGAAUGACAGUUUUUGCUAAUGUAACAGUGUGGAGAACACCAUUGCUGUGCGGGUGGGGUGGGGUGGGGUGACAGUUUUUGCUAAUGUAACAGUGUGGAGAACACCAUUGCUGUGCGGGUGGGGUGGGGUGGGGUGACAGUUCUUGCUAAUGUAACAGUGUGGAGAACACCAUUGCUGUGCGGGUGGGGUGGAAUGACAGUUUUUGCUAAUGUAACAGUGUGAAGAACACCAUUGCUGUGCGGGUGGUGUGGAAUGACAGUUUUUGCUAAUGUAACAGUGUGGAGAACACCAUUGCUGUGCGGGUGGGGUGGAAUGACAGUUUUUGCUAAUGUAACAGUGUGGAGAACACCAUUGCUGUGCGGGUGGGGUGGAAUGACAGUUUUUGCUAAUGUAACAGUGUGGAGAACACCAUUGCUGUGCGGGUGGGGUGGAAUGACAGUUUUUGCUAAUGUAACAGUGUGGAGAACACCAUUGCUAUGCAGGUGGAGUGACAUUAUUUGCCAAAGAGAGCUUUGACUAGAAGACACUGACGUAACAAUCCAGGGCUGUAUGACAGUGGAACUGGGGAUUCUCUAGGACAGAUGGACCAAGCUGACUGUUUUCACCUAGAACUUCAAUAAAACAGCUGCAUCAACACCA